AAAAGGAAUGCUAGAAAAUCCUCCGAUCAGGACCGGAGGAUUUAACAUAGUUAGAAAUCAGAAUCGUUUACUACAGCCAAUAGUCGGCUCUAUCUCCGAAGAACCAGAGGAAUCAGCGGCGAAAUUGAGCCAUGGCCGGAGAUUUUGCGGCGAAAAUCAAAGCCUAUGCGGUGCCUAUGAUUCUCUUCUCUCUCGCCAUGUUAUAUCAGCUCGUUCUUCUCCCUCGCUCCUUCCCCCCUUCUCAUUACGAUGUUUUGGGAAUAAAGACAUAUAGUUCAAUGGAAACAGUGAAAGAGGCGUAUGAGAAUCUUCAAUCCAAGUGGAAUUCAGGACUGGAAGUUCCUACUACUACUGAAUUUGUCAAGAUUCAAUAUGCUUAUGAGCUCUUGACAAAUCCCAUAUGGAAAAGGAAUUAUGAUGUCUUUGGAAUUGAUGAGCAACUUCAUGUUUUGGAAAAAGUCAGUCAGCUAUAUGCAGGGGAAAAGUUCUCCAACAUAGAGCUGCCAUUGCUGCAUGCUGAUAUUUCUGACACAGAAGAUGAUGCUUUUAAUGUGAUUACUUCCAAAGAGUUUCAGUCUAUGUUUCAAGAUUCCAAACCAUGGUUACUUCAGGUGUAUUCAUCUGGCAGCAAUCACUCUGCUGAAUUUGCUAAUCCUUGGAAAAGAAUUGCUGCUUUGUUGAAUGGGGUUGCAAACAUUGGUAUGGUAGAACUUGGUGAGAUCCAAAUUGCAGCCUACCUUGCUGAGAGAAAGCCAACAGGCCAACUUUUCUUCAGGAAUGGUCUUCCUUCAGUGGUUGCUUUCCCUUCAGGGUGUAAAACUUCAGACUGUCUUAUCAGGUUUGAGGGAGAGCUCUCUGUUGAUGCAGUUACAGAUUGGUUUGCAGCGGCCGUACUUAACUUGCCUCGUAUCUUUUACUAUUCAAAGGAAUCAUUGGGGCCAAGGUUUCUGGCAAAAAGUAGUCCCCAUAAGGUGAAAGUGAUUUUAUUCUCAAAAACAGGGGAGCGUGCAACUCCUGUAGUGCGUCAAGCUGCAAAGGCUUAUUGGAACUAUGCCACUUUUGCUUGUGUCCUAUGGCGUGAAGAGGAAUUGUCCGUUUGGUGGACUGCGUUUGGAGUGGAGUCUGUGCCUGCUGUCGUGUUCUUGAAAGAUCCGGGUCUAAAACCUCUUGUGUAUCAUGGAUCAGUGAAUGAUUCGUGGUUUUUAGAUGUCUUGGAACAGAACAAACAGCAAGAGCUUCCUCAAUUAAGGAGUUUGACUUCAGAGGAACUAGGAUGCAAUGCUCGUGGCUAUUCUCAUGCUGGGCGUGAUACCAUGAUCUGGUAUUGUGCUAUCCUAGCUGGAAGGAUGGGUCCGGAACUUGACAGUAUGCGAGAAACCAUGCGCAGGGUUCAAGAAACAUUAUCAAAGUCUGGUGAGUUGAAUGCAGCAAGUGAAGAUCAGCACUCAAUAACAGCCGCCAUUGCUUUAAAAAACAAGCGAUUGACAUUAAGCUGGCUUGAUGGAGAAGUCCAAAAGAACUACUGUUUUUUCUACCUUAAUAUGGAAAAUAGUUAUGAAACAUGUGGACCAAGGAGAGUUCCAACUGAUCUCCCUCGGUUAUUCAUUGUCCGCUAUGAAAGGAAUGCUACUGAAGAUACUGUUAAGGUUGAGAAGAAGACAAAAAGUAUAUGGGAAUUCCACCAACAGGAAGUUGAUCCUGCUGCACAACUUUCAGUGACUUAUAAUGGUUCAGCUGAAAUUUCCCAGAUCAUCGAGUGGAUAUCAAAUAUAAUCAAGGAUGGUGACUCCAGGAAACUCCCCUUCUAUAGGGUAAAAACACCAGAACUAGUUCCCGAGGAUGCAGAGCCUUUCUGGUCAAGAGGUCAACAAGGCAUACUUUCCAAAAGCUUGGGAGCAAAGGCAAAAAUCCAGGGCAUUAUGAUUCGAUUAUAUGAUUAUCUAGGGGAUCCAAGGAUUGGUCCAGCAUUGCUUUUGGGAUCCUUGAUGUCCUUUGGUACCAUCUGGUUGAUGAGGAGUCAACAGAAUCGUGCAUUUCAGUCAAGUCAACCAAGCCAAACUGAUAACAAUGAUAAACCCAGACCAAGAGAGAGACGCAGGGCAAGAAAUGUGUCAAACAAUGAUCUACCUCCUUCGAUAACCAAUUUGGAACCAAGAGAUUCUUACCAGAUGUCACUGUCAGACUCAGACUAAGUAGCUUCAUAAAAUGCAGGUCCUGUUAAAGCUGCUUCACGCGUGAACUGCAGGCAGGUGAUAUACAUAUCAGAGAUUUAUGUUGCUCGGAUGAUAGCUUUAAACUAACAGGCCAUCAAUGAGAUGUUGUCAAGCAGACACAUCUUGAGGUAACCAAUGUAGUUUUUAUACUUCAAAAUCUGUAAACAUCUGACACUUUUUAAAGUCCAUGCAACAAUCAUUUGUCGAUCAAAGAUAAUUGGCUGCUGAAAUUAGCCCAUAAUGGAAAUUAUAAUAUCAUCAGUGUUAGUACAACUCUCUUCUCUAAUAGGUUGGCUGGAAUAGGAAAACAAAAGUACCAUUUUAUUGUCAUUCCAUGUUGAAAGGUGCGUGUAAUUAUGCCUGCCUUCCUCCUUCGGUGGUUCUGGCCCUCCCCAAGUUUAUCCAUCAGGGCUUCUCCCACUGGCUUGUAGGCUUGCAUCUUAAACUGUUUUUGGUUCUUCAUUUUCUUUUAUAUCUUGCGAUGAGAAAACUCGUAAAUCUAAUCUCU